UACUAACAAUUAAUAUGUGCUCAUGAACAAAUUAGUCUUUCUUUGCUCCGAUUCUCUUUCAGCUAAGGAAACAAUUCAGUUUAAUGCUUCAACCAGUCACUUUGAUUUCGUCUAUAAAUACUUCUAAUAAUGCCUUUCUUUUCUUCUGAUCUUUAAUUCCCAGUUAAUUAUACUUUCGAAUCCUGUAAGGCCAGCCAACAUGGGGUUUUCACCACCGUGCCUCUCUCAAUCUCUCUCUUUCUUUCUGCUUCUCUUCCAUUUCCACUCAACAAUUUCAUCUCCACUCUCCUCAAAUUACUCUUCUUCUUCUUCUUCUCAUUUGUGUGCUCAUCGCCAAUCUCUUUCUCUCCUUCAAUUCAAACAAUCCUUCUCCAUUGAUAGUUCUGCUUCAUCGGAGUACUGUCAAUAUCCCUUUCCAAAAACAGAGUCAUGGAAAGAGGGUACAGACUGCUGCUUGUGGGAUGGGGUCUCUUGUGACCUGAAAACCGGGCAUGUCACUGCACUGGACCUCUCCUGCAGCAUGCUUUACGGCACCCUCCUUCCCAAUAAAUCUCUCUUCUCUCUCCAUCAUCUUCAACACCUCGACCUCUCUUUCAAUGAUUUCAACUCCUCCCAUAUUUCUUCUCGAUUUGGCCAGUUCUCCAGUCUGACACAUCUUAACCUAAGUGGUUCAGAUCUUGCAGGCCAAGUUCCGUCAGAAAUCUCUCACCUCUCCAAAAUGGUUUCUCUGGAUCUCUCUCGGAACUACGAUCUUGUGAGUCUAGAACCAAUUUCUUUUGACAAGCUUUCUUUUGACAAGCUUGUUCGAAACCUAACCAAGCUUAGAGAACUCGAUUUGAGUUGGGUAAACAUGUCACUAGUUGUUCCCGAUUCCUUGAUGAAUCUGUCUUCCUCUCUGUCAUCGCUCAGACUCUAUUACUGUAGAUUGAAAGGGAAACUCCCAUCCUCAAUGGGGAAAUUUAAGCACCUGCAGUACUUGGAUCUUGGAGGGAACGAUUUUACUGGUUCAAUUCCAUAUGAUUUUGAGCAACUCACCGAGUUGGUUUCCCUUGGUCUCUCUUCCAACAACGAUCUAAGUCUAGAACCAAUUUCUUUUCACAAGAUUGUUCAAAACCUAACCAAGCUAAGAGAACUGGAUUUGGGCUCUGUAAAUAUGUCUUUGGUUUCACAAGAUUUUUUUAAUUCCUUGACCAAUCUGUCCUCUUCCUUUUCAUCUCUUUACCUCAGUGGUUGUGGAUUGCAGGGGAAAUUCCCGGGUAACAUCUUUCUCCUCCCAAACCUUGAAUCACUCUAUUUGUCAUACAACGAAGGCCUCACUGGCUCUUUUCCUUCGUCCAAUUUGAGUAAUGUCCUUUAUGGGUUGGGUCUUUCUAAUACAAGAAUUUCAGUUUAUUUAGAAAACGACUUAAUCAGUAAUCUAAAGUCAUUAGAAUAUAUGUCUCUUCGUAAUUGUAACAUUAUAAGGUCAGAUCUACCCCUGCUUGGUAAUCUCACACAGCUCAUUUAUUUAAGACUCUCAAGUAAUAAUUUUAACGGUCAGAUCCCAUCAUCAUUUAAAAACCUUGUACACCUCCGUUACUUGUAUCUCGACUCAAAUAAAUUUGUGGGUCAAGUUCCAGAUUUUUUGGGUAGCCUUUCAAAUCUAAAGAGUCUAAAUUUAUAUGAUAACUUGUUAAAUGGAACAAUACCAUCCUUUUUCUUUGCUAUUCCUUCUUUAUAUCAUCUUGACCUUCAUAACAAUAAUCUCAUAGGUAAUAUAAGUGAACUCCAACACGAUUCAUUGCUAUAUCUUGAUUUGAGCAAUAACCACUUGCAUGGUGCAAUUCCAAGUUCGAUUUUCAAACAAGAGAACUUGCAAGUCCUUAUUCUUGCGUCCAAUAGUAAAUUGACAGGUGAGAUUUCUUCUUCUAUUUGCAAGCUGAGAUUCCUUCACGUCCUGGACUUGUCCAACAACAGCUUGAGUGGUUCUACACCACUAUGUUUGGGGAACUUCAGCAACAUGCUCUCGGUAUUGCAUCUAGGCAUGAACAAUCUUCAAGGCACUAUCCCUUCAACAUUUUCAAAAGAUAAUAGCUUGGAAUAUCUCAACCUCAAUGGAAAUGAAUUCGAAGGGAAAAUAUUAUCGUCUAUCAUCAACUAUGCAAUGUUGGAAGUUCUUGAUCUUGGCAACAAUAAGAUUGAGGAUACAUUUCCCUACUUUCUAGAAACACUUCCAAAGCUACAAAUUCUUGUCCUAAAAUCGAAUAAACUCCAAGGUUUUGUGAAGGGUCCAACUGCACAUAAUUCCUUCUCUAAAUUACAGAUUCUUGACAUCUCUGACAAUGAUUUUAGCGGGUCAUUGCCAACUGGGUAUUUCAAUAGUCUUGAAGCAAUGAUGGCCUCGGAUCAAAACAUGAUUUACAUGAAUGCAACAAAUUACUCUAGCUAUGUCUAUUCCAUAGAAAUGACAUGGAAAGGUGUAGAAAUUGAGUUCCCAAAGAUACAAAGUACCAUCAGAAUACUCGAUUUGUCAAAAAACAAUUUCACUGGAGAGAUUCCAAAGGUGAUCGCAAAGCUUAAAGCACUCCAACAACUCAACCUUUCUCAUAAUUCCCUUACAGGUCAUAUCCACUCAUCAUUAGGAAAUUUGAUCAAUUUGGAAUCAUUAGAUCUAUCUUCAAAUUUGCUUACCGGAAGGAUUCCAACGCAGCUGGGGGGUCUAACAUUUCUUGCAAUCCUAAACCUUUCACAUAACCAGCUCGAGGGGCGUAUACCAAGUGGAGAGCAGUUCAACACCUUUACUGCAACCUCAUUUGAAGGAAACUUGGGUUUAUGUGGAUUUCAAGUACUAAAAGAAUGCUACGGUGAUGAGGCACCAUCAUUGCUACCAUCAAGCUUUGAUGAAGGAGAUGGUUCAACAUUGUUUAAAGAUGGAUUUGGAUGGAAAGCUGUGACAAUGGGGUAUGGAUGUGGGUUUGUGUUUGGAGUUGCAACGGGAUACAUCGUGUUUAGAACAAAAAAACCUUCAUGGUUUUUUAGGAUGGUUGAAGAUAUAUGGAAUCUCAAGAGCAAGAAAACAAAGAAGAAUGUUGGGAGAUGUGGUGAUAGAAGAAACUAGAUAAUACAAUUGAUAUUUUCAAUACAAACAAGAUAUCAAGUGGAUUUGACAUUGAAACAACACUAGAGUGGCAGAUUCAUGGUAUUGGACUCCCUUUAUUUGUUUAUUUUCAUUCAAGGUUUAGGUGUUACUUCUGCGAAAAAGAUUCCAUGUAUGUAAGAGGUCAAGCAAGUAAUAGAUUGUGUUCCCCCACAAAAUCAUUUAUGUUUUAUUGAGUUAUGAACAUUUCCUUAUUCUUGAUCACUUAAUUCAAUCUCCCUUUCUUGGAGUAUUUUCAAUUUUGA